CGGAAGAAGGAGAAGAUGAUGAAGAUGAAAGAAAGUAAUCGAUGAAAAGAAACCCCAGAGAAGACAGAGAAGAUACGAAAUGUUAAUUUGGGUCUUUCUGUUUCUCUUGAAAGCUGUGCGAAUGGAUGUUUCCACAUAAAGACACAUUAAUGUACAUACAUAUACAGAUUGAUACCAGAAAAGAUCUUAUUUUAUAAAGUGUUGUAAGACAUCAGAAGAUAGAGUGAAAGGAAGGCAGAAGACGAACAAGAAGAAAGCUGUUAAUCCACCGAAAGUGACCUUCCCUUCAGUUUGUUAACUAGUACCUUUAAAAUUAUUAAUCAAAUUGUGUUAGGUGGUCACCUAAUUUUUCUGGUGUGUGUUUCUGGUCCACAUUGUUUCAACUCGACUUUUCUCAAUCUAUUUCUAAACCUCUUUGCUUCUUCUGACUCGCCAUUAUUUAACCAGCAACAUAAACAAAAAUUACAUUUCACCAUGAAACUGUGAUUUUGUUACAACUUCUUUUAGAUGUUUGGUGUUAAUUUUCAAUUAUUGUUACCACCAUUACUGAUACAAUUUCAAUUUUACCAGUGUUUGAUAUGCCCAUGUGAAACCAGCCAGUUAAUAUGAUGUUAUUGUGAUCCGCGUUUACACUCCUUUUGGGUUUUCAGUGUUACUCUCAUUUAGUGUUUUCUUCGUUUCACCCAAUUAUUCAUCAACCGCCUUUUACCUGAAAAUCUUCCCUUUAUCCCUGUUAACCCAAAGAAUCGCCAUUUCCACCAACAUUUUGAUCAGUGUCUUCUAGUUAAACCUAAGCCGGUGAAAAGCAUUGUUUUAUAACCCAAGUCAUCCUAAAUCUCCUGUCUCGUCUUGUUAUACCUUUUUUACUGCUACCCAGUGCAAUAGAUUAACUUAAUUGAGAUGCUUACAUUGUUUAUGGUUAAUAGUUUUGUAAAAUUUAUAUAAUUUAACACUCUCUUAUUAGCUAACCUUGAAUGACAAUAAUAUAAUAAAUUGUUAUACGAGUUAAACAAAAUAAACUUGGAAAAAUUAUACUGCCAACACUUUGAAGCCAUCAAAUCUCAACCAAACUCCACAGACGUAAUGUUAAAAUUUCCUCGACAAUUGUCACACCAGUCAUUGCCAUUCUAACAACAAUUCCUACAGUUAUUUGUUUAAUUGUAAAUUUUACCAAUUGGAAAGCCGAUUAAUCGUUAUUUACCACUUAUCACUUCUGCAUGGUCAACAAGCCAUCAAACCAACGACAACCCCAAUACAACCUUUCUUGCUGCCAUACUUGCUGUCUCCUGAUAAUGGCUAGAAUAAGGUAACUCUAUAUGACGUUAAUUUGAUUGAGUUGAUCAAUAACCUGAGACAAAUGAUUUCAUUGCGGUACAAUGUUAAUGUAGCUGUUAAUAUACACACUGGAUUAUUAUGGUGGUUAUCCCUUUCAAGAAUAUAAUUGAUUUUUGCUAUCGUAUGUAAUAACUCGUUGCUUUUUUGCCUGCUGCUUGGUCCAGUCCCUACCUAAUAUAUUUUACAUUCAGUCAUCCUUUUGCAUCAUCCUUCCCACUCAUCUCAAACUACUUCACCUCUAUCUUCAUUAUUGAAGAUCAAGUCAGAAGAGAGAGAAAGAGAAAGAGAAAAAGAAAGGAAAAUUAGGAAAAGCAACACUUCUCCUGUUAAUCACUUGAUAUCAGUUAUACUUUUAAAAUUAAAUAACCUUUAAAAGAGUUUGGAACGCAAUUUUCAAGUCAACAAACCAUCAAGCCAUCUUAAAGUUCAUGAUGGCCUUUAAAAAAAGCACGGAACUAGCCUGAAGCAGACUCUUAAUAAUGAAAGUUAGUGAAAAGAUUGGAAAAACCGGAAGAAAGAAAGAUAUCCAUCAUAUCACAAUCAUGACUGACCUAACAUAUUUAUGUAUGGAAACAAACUGACCUCUAUUUUCAAUGAUGUCUUGGUUCACUUUCACUACUUUCAUGUGAAUUACUGAAUUAAUCAGCAUACAUGACACGCCAUUACAACUACCCUUCACCUUUAUCCCUUUAAAAAGAUCUGCGCUCAUUCAAACCACCAAACCAACAUCAAUAUUGAUAUCAUCAAUUGAAACCAUCAAUUGAAAUUGAAUUUCCGAGAAGAAGAAAAAAAGUGAAAAAAUGAUUUUUCGAUCAAUCCACACCAUUUAGAGCAAGAUAACAAUGAUGAAAAUAAGAUAUUAUACAAUUUAUCCAUGACCACCAUCAUUAUAAUGACCACUUUUAUGAUACAUAUCAAAGGAGGCAAGAAAAGGGUGACCUGGUAAAGUGAAAGGCGUUUGACCAGGAAUUGCCAAGAAAACCAAAGCUCAGUGAAUCUAACAGAACAUCUUGAACAGACAGAAACCAUCAUCACCUCAGCUAUAAUCAUCAUCACCAUCUUCAACCACAACAACAACAACAUCUUUUCAACUUGAUUAACUUUCACUCAAUUUACAUCAUAAACUACCUAUCAUCAUCCAUCGUCAUCAUCACUGCCUCCCUUUCCUCUCACUCUUUCUCUCUUGCAAUCUCUCACUCUUCCUGAUAUUUUCUUGCCGUCAUCAUAAUUCUCAUUAUCAUCAGUUGUUUCAUCGAAACGGCAAUUUACAUUUUAAACAGUUAACAGUACAUCAAUAUUGACUUAAACCAUCAUCGAUCCAUCCAGUAUUGAUAUUUAGUGUCAUUGAGACACUUUUUUGUUUCUUAUUCAAAACCAACACAGUUUUGUCAACACAAUUAUUAUAUUAGCUGUGAUAACUUUACCAGUUAAUUUUAACACCGAUAACAAUUGUCAUUGACAGAUUUAUACACAAUUAAUCCAUUGCUCUUGUUAUCCGGGAUUCCAUACAUCAAAUAAACUACGGACCAUUAAAAAUGUUGCCUCGAAAUGAGUCUCAGAUUGGCAAUUUUUUCAACGACCGAAGUGUUUUCAUUACCGGUGCCACAGGAUUCAUGGGAAAGGUUCUGGUUGAGAAGCUUCUUCGUUCCUGUUCAGGUGUGAAAAACAUUUACGUUUUGCUUCGAAAUAAAAAGGGACUCAAUACUCAUCAACGUUUGGAUGAACUCAUGGAUGCAAAGAUCUUUGACCGGUUAAAAGAGGAAAACCCGAAAGCAUUGAAUAAAGUGAUUGGGAUUUCGGGUGACAUUUCACUGGAUGGAUUAGGAUUAUCUGACAAUGAUUUGAAAAUGUUAAUCAAAGAGAUUUCAGUUGUUUUUCAUUCAGCAGCAACAGUAAAGUUUGAUGAACCAUUAAGAGCUUCCAUUGAGUUCAAUGUUCUUGGAACCAGAAGAGUGAUCCAAUUUUGCCAUAAGCUGAAUAAACUGAUGGCUUUGGUUCAUGUUUCAACUGCUUAUGCCAACUGCAAUCGUUUUGAAAUUGAUGAAGCAUUUUAUGAAUCACCAAUUAAACCACAACAAGUUGUCGAUGCAAUGGAAUGGAUGUCUGAUGAUAUAAUUAAUGAAAUAACACCUAAACUAGUCGGUGAUCGUCCCAAUACUUAUACUUACACCAAAGCUUUAGCAGAAACUUUACUCACCCAAGAGUGUGGUUCAUUACCAGUUGCUAUUGUACGACCAUCCAUAGUGACGGCUGCUGCCAGGGAACCUUGUGCCGGUUGGGUUGACAACAUGAAUGGACCAACUGGUUUGGUCUUAGCUUCUUCAAAAGGAAUCCUUCGAACCAUGUUGAUUGACUCAAAAGCCACAGCUGACCUUAUCCCAGUAGACACAGUGAUUAACCUGAUGAUUACCGUGGCCUGGUACACAGCAACCCGUCAACAGAACAACAUAAUGAUUUACAAUUGUACAUCGGGUUUGCUCAAUCCAAUUACAUGGGGUGACAUUGAACGAAUCGCAUUUCCCAUUCUCUUGAAAUAUCCAUCUUCUGAAAUGUUCCGUUAUCCCGGUGGUUAUUUCAAGAACAACAAGCUUGCCAAUGAAAUUUCCGUCUUUUUUGAACAUUUCAUACCUUCCUAUUUGGCUGACUUUUUAAGUGCCCUAACAGGCGGUCAAAGAGGGAAAAUGGUUAAAAUUUACGAGAAACUUCAUCGAGCCAGUAAAGCACUAGAAUUUUUCACAACAAGACAAUGGCGAUUUAAGGUUGAUAAUGUUCUUAUGCUGUGUGAUCAGCUUCGUGGAGUAGAUAAACAGUUAUUUCACUUCGAUAUUCGGGACCUUCACUGGCCAACAUAUUGGGAAGAUUACAUUCUCGGUAUAAGAAAAUAUGUCCUCAAAGAGGAAAACAGUACUUUACCAUCGGCGAGGAAAAACUUGCAACGGUUAUAUUAUCUAAAUAGGAUUAUUGAUCUUUUUUUAAUUCUUGGCAUUUGGAACAUAUUUUUACGACGAACGCGAACUGCAAGAGUUAUCUGGUUAUUUUUCACCAAUCUAUCUAAAUCGAUAAUGUUUUAGACAACAAUCCAACAUUGGCUCUGAGUGACCAUCCAACAAUUCAGUGCCGAAACAACUAUAAAUAUAAAUAUAUAUAUAAAUAUGCUAAAUUAUAUAAACCUGAUGCUAUUAUAAAUUAUACAUUUAAUUGUAUAAUGCUUAUGCAGCCAAGAAAAUUGCAAUUUAAACUGCAUUAAAUACAUAUAAACUAAAAGCCUUUAAUUGUUUUUAUAAAGAUCGACUCAUCAUCAUCUUGCUCUAUUAGAUUGUACAACAAAAAAUAACAUAUGUUAAUAUUCAAUUUAAGCCAAUUUAUAAUGGUACAGUAGAUGAUUAUAAUCAGUGAUGGUUCAUUGUAAGAGUUAAUUUUAAAUUCACCAAACUCAUAUAAAUUGCAAUUUUCUUGGUUGAAUGUAUAAAAAUUAAUUGAAAAUAAAUAAAAAUCAAAUCCAACUAGUUUGGCCAGAAAAUAAAACCAACCA